GGUUACGCCAGCCCCGCCGCCGCCCGCUCUGAUUCUGCGCAUAGGCAGCCCCCAAGCCUGUCAUUCUGCAAAAACACAGUUUACUCAACACACCACACACACACUCACACACACACACGCGCGCACACACACACGCGCACACUGCCCCCCUCGCGCACACGCACGGAGGGCGCGAGCGAGCAGACGCGCACACCCGGCGAGCCAAGUUCCGCAGCCUGGCAUGGCUUCUGGGGACCUUUACGAGGUUGAAAGGAUUGUAGACAAGAGGAAGAACAAGAAGGGAAAAUGGGGUAUCUGAUCCGGUGGAAAGGCUACGGGAGCACGGAGGACACGUGGGAGCCCGAGCACCACCUGCUGCAUUGUGAGGAGUUCAUUGAUGAGUUCAACGGGCUGCACCUGGCCAAGGACAAGAGGCUCAAGUCGGGGAAGCAGCCCGGCGCCUCCAAGCUUCUGCGCGACGCCCGAGGCCCCUCGGUCGAGAAGCUGUCCCACAGGCCCUCGGAAUCCGCCAAGAGCAAAGGGACUUCCCAUAAACGGAAGCGGAUCAACCCUUCCCUGUCCAAGCCGAAAAAAGGGUAUCCGGCCAAGCCCCCUGCAGGCGGGGACAGGGCCACCAAGACAGUGUCUUACAGGACUACCCCCAGUGGCCUGCAAAUAAUGCCCCUGAAAAAGGCGCAGAAUGGGAUGGAAAACGGGGACGCCGGCUCCGAGAAGGAAGAGAGGCAUUUUGGAAACGGGUCCCACCAGCCCGGCUUGGAUUUGAAUGACGUGGGUGAGCAGGACCUGGGCGACUGCCACGUGAGCCCCGCGGCGCUGGCGGAGAAUGGACUCGGCUCUGCUCUGACCAACGGGGGACUAAACCUGCACAGCCCGGUGAAGAGGAAGCUGGAAGCGGAGAAGGACUACGUCUUUGACAAGAGGCUCAGGUACAGCGUCCGCCAGAACGAAAGCAACUGUCGCUUUCGGGACAUUGUCGUGCGGAAGGAAGAGGGCUUCACGCACAUCCUGCUGUCCAGCCAGACCUCGGACAACAACGCGCUGACCCCUGAGAUCAUGAAGGAGGUGCGGCGCGCGCUCUGCAACGCGGCCACGGACGACAGCAAACUGCUGCUCCUCAGCGCCGUGGGCAGCGUGUUCUGCAGUGGCCUGGAUUACUCCUACCUAAUUGGCCGCUUGUCCAGUGACCGGAGGAAGGAGAGCACCCGGAUUGCAGAGGCCAUCAGGGACUUUGUGAAGGCCUUUAUCCAGUUUAAGAAGCCCAUCGUGGUGGCGAUCAAUGGGCCCGCGCUGGGCCUGGGCGCCUCCAUCCUGCCCCUCUGCGACAUCGUGUGGGCCAGCGAGAAAGCCUGGUUUCAGACCCCCUACGCCACCAUCCGCCUGACGCCCGCCGGCUGUUCCUCCUAUACCUUCCCCCAGAUCCUGGGUGUCGCACUGGCCAACGAGAUGCUCUUCUGCGGGCGGAAGCUCACCGCCCAGGAGGCGUGCAGCAGAGGCCUGGUGUCACAGGUCUUCUGGCCAACCACGUUCAGCCAGGAGGUCAUGCUGCGGGUCAAGGAGAUGGCCUCCUGCAGCGCGGUGGUGCUGGAGGAGUCGAAAUGCCUUGUCCGGAGCUUCCUGAAGUCGGUGCUUGAAGAUGUGAAUGAGAAAGAAUGCCUCAUGCUCAAACAGCUCUGGGGUUCCUCCAAAGGCCUGGAUUCCCUGUUCAGCUACCUGCAGGACAAAAUUUAUGAAGUCUGAGGGCCCAGUGCUCAAGGGCAGCUGACUUCCAGCUCUGCCCUGUGUUUCAGAAAUCAGAGCACAGUGUAUUCCCGGCCAAGGAGUCCGUCAGGGUGUCUCUCUAUACCUAGGGUCGUGUCCAUUUCCUCGUGUCCUUUGGUUGCUCCUCAUUGGUUUGGUUUUGUGUAACGAUGGGAAACGCAGCAUACUUGGCCUCCCCCGUGUCCCCACCCCAACUGGCUGGAGAGCUAUCGAGGGCUAUAUCUUCCCAGUCCUCUGCCAGGUGCCCUUGUCCUGUCCCCACUUGCUGAAAUGCACCAUCCUGGUCCAGGAAGGGGAAGACCCAUUUCUCCAUCCUUCUGACUCAGGCUGUGUCUACACAGUGCCUCUGUUUUGGAGACUUGGCUGCCAUGGCUCUGUCUGGUUAAGUACAGAUCCAGUGACAGGGGACGACCAAUCUUAGGGAAUUUCUAGACCCAUGAGCAGAACAAUUGUGUAGAUCCAGCCUCAGUCUCCUCUCUGAUGCAAAUCUGCAUGACUUUUAGGGCUUGGUCUUAAAACCCAAUUGAGUAAUUUACAAACCCAGAUAUUGUACAUUUAGGAGCAUUUUGUUAAAUAUAUAUUUUUAAAACAGUGUAAGUGGAAAUUCUGAUAAUUUAUGUGUAUUAUAUGUAAAGCUAGUUUUGCAAACACAUAACUACUAGGAAAAUGUUUUUUUUUUAACCCGACUUAUUUAAUUUAUUUAUUUUUGUUUAUAUAUUAUGGUAUCUGUUGUUCACACAGAUAUUAUUUUCAUACUGCCCUGGACCAAAUCCCAUACAAGGUUCAUGCCGUUUGGUGCAUUCUAGCAAUGAACCACGUAGAAAUAAAAUUCAGAGAGGUGAAAAUGGGAUUUCUGUGAAUAAAAGGAAUAGCUCUGCCCCAGAUUUCCUGCGUGUAAAACAGUUCUAUGACAAUUGAAUACUUGCUCUUAGGAGAAAUCAUGGAAGAGUUUUCUCUUCACUCUGUUCCCUUUAAGGAGAUAAAGGGGCUUCCAGCCUGAAUGGUCCUGGGGGCUCCAUAUUGUUGAGGGAGACUUUUUUCACUGGGGCAAAGGACUCCACUUGGAUUUCAGAGUCCCUUUCCUCCAUGUGGGUGGUGAUGUCUGGUUUGGGCCUUCCAGGGAGGUGGGGAAGAGUCCCCACUCUGAGCUGUCAGUAGAGGGUCUGAAUCUUUUUGCCUCCAGAAGCCCAGGCACUCCAUCUUUUUUCAGGUUGUUUGCUCCCAUCAGGGAGCAGUAACCAGGGAUGAGGCCUCCUGUCCCAGGGCACGUGGGCCGCAGGGGGGCUCCAGCAUUUGUAUUCAGACCAUCAGCCCAAAGUCCCUGGAUCAGCUGUGGCGAAGGAGGGGUUUUGGUUUUGGGUUUUGGUUUUGGUUGGAGAGGAGAAGGUAAACAUCAGAGUUCAAGCAGAGAAGCCACAGGACCAGGUUCUGUAUGAGGGUCGAGCACCAGAGAAAGUUAGGUUCCCAGAGGGGCGGGAUUUUUCCAUGUCCAUCACAAUCCCCCCGCCAGGUGUCCUCAAGGACCUCUGCGCACCCGUCUCCUACUGCCUCUGUUAGUCACCAGCCCCUCUUGACCCUUCCUCGGAGAAAGUGGAGUGGCACAGUGAGAGUUAGGCACAACUGGGGGAGGGGAGGCCUGCUGAGGGGGGGGGGAGGGUCAUUGUUACAGUUCUCUCUCCCUUUCUGGUCCUCUUCCCUCCUCUGAAGGCAGCUGGAUGCACCGGACUGGGCAGGUGGAGAGGACUCAUGGCCCUGAGCUUUGUGUUUCGGAGAACAGGUGGAGUGUCUGUAGCAGAACUAGAGACAUAGGCCUUUAAACAGUGAACCUGAGUUUACCUGGAUUCUCCACCCUUCAGAGGGUCUUGGUUCCCCCUGUUGAAAGCCUCUCUCCUUCUGAGUUUCCCCAUGACUUCCCGAGGGUCAGGGAAGAGGACAUGUCUCACUUUCUUCUCACUUCGGCCGGGGGACCGCCACCCUGGCUGAAUCCAGCCAGAGGAAGAUGGGGCUAAAGUCCUGUGUACCCUCCCCUUGCUCCAUGGGGGUUCCUGUAGGAACUGCAGACCUAGACGAUGGGGAGUUUCUACAGGGAGACACCUGCUCUUGUCCAAAUACCUGUUGUCACAUCUCAAUUUGGGUUUGUCUUUUCCUUUGAGAAAGCCAGUGUGUGCGCUGCCAAAGGCCCUAGACAACCUCACCCUUGACAGAUAACUUCUCCGCCAUCACUAAGUCAUCUGAAGAAAGAGCACCUCGUUUUCUUUUUACCUUCUAGGGACAGCCACGUUCAACGUCUCUAGAAGCAGUGUUAGGAUUCUCGUUGGAAUGGAAGAAGAUGUUUGGAAAUUCCUUUUGCUCAAUGCCCAUCUUUGUUCCCUGCUGAAAAAACCAGAAGUGUUUUAGCUUUGAACUAAAACAUAGCUUUGGAUCAUCAAAUCUAAACUUCUAAACACCUCAAGGAUCUCUGAUGAUGAGGUAGGAAUGUGAAACCAUCACUAAGGUGGAAUGCCUGGUGUUAACCUGUAGGUUCCGCGUAUAGCAGGAGGUGUUUUACAAGACAGUCUGUGUUUCGGUUGUUUCCAUACAGUCAGUUCUAGAAGGGUGUUCCACAAAUUGGGCAAAACUCAGUUACAUCUGUUCACUAUAGGGUAGACCAAACCACUGAAUUUUUCACUUUCUGGUUAGUUGUUUUGAUAAUAUACAGAUGAGAUCCAGGAAACUUCCAGCUGAUCAACCUGGGUUGGAAUUUGCCAGACCUGUUGUUGUGUCAGGGUUUAACCUCAUAGCUUUCUUGAGACAGGGUCCACUUUUUGUCUUCUACCCCAGGACCUUCUCUCCACCCGUAGGAUCCUUUCUCCCCUCUCUCUACUCUGCUUUGCCCCCUCCCCACCCAGGCGGUCACAUCCCAGAGCCUGGGCAGGUUCUUGGAGGAAUCAUGCUUGGUCUUGGUAGCCCCAUCCCAGAAUUACCUUUGGGGUUGGAAGAAGAGCUGUGGUGGGAAGAUGAGGGUACUUCUUUAGUCAAGGAGCCUUCUGGACAAUCCACUCUUUGCCAUCCUGUUAGCCAUGCGUUAGAACUCUCCUCUCCUCCAACCCCUGGUGAUUAGCAUCCAGCAUCUUGCAGCGGAACAUUUACGUUAACAGCCUUGUUCCAGGAGGACUUUUUGGAGAACUUUGCUAAGAUGGUCAGAACUCCUCACCAUUUGGAAGCCUCAGCCUAAGGUAGAUAUACCCAUAUGUCCCUUCCUGCUUUGAAAUAAUGUCUGUGGGGGAAAACCAUCAAAAGUGACCCUCUUGGAAUGAAAUUGGAUAACUCUGAGAAAGUAGUAGAGAAUUGAUUUUAAAUGUUAUUCUUGUUUGGUAUAAAGUAAACUAGGAAAUGUUCUCUCUGAAGCAUGAAAAUAUGUUUUUCCCAUAUGAAGUUUAGUAUGAGGAUGGAAAAAUGAUAAUCACAGUAGACUUUGAUCAAUGCAACUGUAUCUCCAGAUAUCCACGUUUAAAAAAUAGCCUUGACUGGAUGCUGAAUUGCAUUUCCCAUUAUUAAUUGUUGGUUUAAAAAAUUUUGUAAACUUUUUUUAAUUUGAAAUUUAGUCACGUUCAUGUUAUUUUCCAAUCUAGUUUCUGUGGAAAUUUUUUUAACAAAGAGAAACAAAUAGAAACAUCUUCAGAUCUUCCUAAGUGAAUAUUUAAAAUGCAGAAUUGCUUCUCUUCUGUGUUUCUGUAUUCAGAUACUUAGAUCUGUUGUAUAUAUUAAUUUAGACAUCCUCACUAAUAUACACAGUAUUUAAGACUCUAAAUGAGAUUUCUUAAGUAUUUUAUUUUAUUCUCUGUAAAUGGUUUUGUAUAAUCUUUAAAAAUCUACACUUUGCCUUUGUAGAUAUUUAACGGAAACCAUUUGGGGGUUGUCUUGCAUGUAUAUUUUUGUUGUAGAUAAGUGUUGCUUAGUUAUUUCUGCAAAUUUUGGUUGAAAUGCUUACAGACUUUAAUACAAUAUAUAUUUUCAGAAUAUAAACUUUUAUAUUUCUGUGGUAAGUUAGGAUAUGCGUUUUAGGCAAUCUUUUCCAUUAAUAUCACUUGUUCUUUCAAAAAAAUAGCAUUCUGGUUUGGUGCCAGUGGUUUUUUGUUUUUUGUUUUCCAUUAGAAUCUAGUGCUGUUAAAUUGUUAGAGAGCCGGUUAAUUUUCUUUUUCUCAAAGUAAUUGAGUUUGAAGUAUAAUUUGAAAAUGUAUUGAAUUUGUGAAUAAGCCUUACCAUUAGGAUCAGUAAAUUUUCCAACCUUUGCAACUACAUAUGUAGUUGAAGAUCUCCCCAUAAAUUCUCACUGUGUGCCAGUUGAUGGAGUUUGUGAACAGAGCCUUAAGCUUGUUGCAAAAAAAAAAAAAAAAAAAGGUAAUACGGGUUGUUUCUUCCAAGUAGCGUAAGCCAUGUGGAUGGACUCUGCAGUCUGUACGCCAUGGCUAAUCUGGAGAGUUUGGUUGAGUUGAUGGUGGCAGGGGCCAGAUAGACACCUUGGUGAUUGUCUUUGGCCAUACGAAGGGACCACAGACAGGUGUUCUGGAGCCACCUUCGUACUAUUCACGUGGUGUAGAUGUGGUCACAGGGAGGGCUGCUGGUUCAUCAUUUGUUUUGAACCAAUGGCAUUUUCUGCUCCUGACCUUGGUGGUUGACUCCAGGUUCCUUGCAGGUGACCUGGAAACAUCCAGUCUGGCUGUGGUCAGCACUCCUUGAGAGAUGUUAACAAAGUUUACAUGUGAGUCUUACUGUGUAGACAAUCUGAAGUCGCUUUCAGUUACAUAAUCCGCAUUCCCACGUGUCCUGAGUGUCUUAUCAGUGAAGUAGGUGCGUUAAGCCAUGCUGAACCUGAGUUUAGCAGGGCACAGGCAGACUAGAUGCACAACAUACACAUCAGCUGAGCCAGUCUGCCCGGGGCUGUUUGAAUGGCGUGUAAGUCAUGGAGCUUCCUGGCAGUGCAUCCACUGUGUCUGGGAUCUGAUAAAACCAACUAAAAUUUGGAACUUAAAUUUUUUUUUUUUUUAAAUUAUGAUUCUUUCCAGUUGACCCUGCUUACCUACUGGUUCUCCUUACCAAGGCUUUAAAGGUGAUCUUGAGACCAGGGCCAUAGAAUAGCUAAAGUCAAGUUAUUUGGUUCAUCUCAAAUAAGUGUUCAUAAAGUCAACUUAUCUCCCAUUAGGAUGGAGAUUUGCUUCAAAUAUUUGCAGUGUGUGUGUCAAUCAGAGAAACUGACAUCUAGUUUUAAGCUUCGGCUCUGGCAUCUCUGUGGGUUGACCCUGCCUCACUGGCCCAACACCUGGCCUCACGUUGGUGCUCAUUAAGGCGACUCUGGGAAGUUUGGAGGGUGUGGAGUUUUCCAUCUAGGAUUUAAUGUGUCCCUGUGCCGUUCGUCCCAGCUUGAAGUCAUUUGCUGAUGUCCAUGCUGACAGGAUUGUGAAAAUAUUGCCUUUCAUAAAACCAAGGACCAAAGAAUUCCAUUAUUCCAGCAAAGUACGAGUUUCAUAGAUUGUGGGCACAUCUAGGCAGAGAUGUACAUGCUUUAUGGCACAGAGAAACUGCUCCCAUCCACCGACCUCAUGCUCCCCCUGGCUGGCCCUACAGAAGGAUUUGUCGUCACCUUGAGAAGGCUCUGAAAGAUGAGCUUCUCGGAUUGAAAUGCACUGUCUCAGGUUGGUGUUUCUGCUGUGUAGUCCCAGCCUUUAUCCAUAUCAGUACCAUAAAGAGUGGAGGGCUGGCAUUCUUCAGGUUAUCUGAGCAGUGUGGACUGCUCCAUCUGAAUAGAAACCUCCAGCGUGAGUUCUUCAGAUGUGUCUACACUGAGCAGUGAGAUCCUGCAGUUGCUAAAUUUCCACCUCCUUUUGGUUCUCCAUCAACCCAUUCCACUUCCUGUUUAGCCCGAGAAGAAUUUUCUUCACUUCUCACACUAGGUGAUGCCCCAUCUUCAUCCAUGAUGAAAUCAUUCAUCCCUUAACCGGUUGAGAAAUGAUUGAUACUGAAGAAGUGGGAUUCUAGUGAUAAGGCUUAUUACCAAACCUCUGAUCAUGAAGCAGGCUACCAAAAACGUAUCCAGCCUACCCUGGGAGUGUUCGGAUUUGAUCAUGGAUCUAGCACACACACCAAAAUCCAAGGAGACCUUUGCAAAUUAGGCUACUCAUUUUCUUUCACCAGGUUAUCAUGGGAGAGUCUUUAACUAGUUCUGAAUAUCUGUAAGUAUGAGUAAUUCAUAGACUUAUAAAGCAGGUACAGCUGCCCCUUUCUCACCAUGCUGUAAAUAUUCCCUGAGAGUGGGUGCAGUACGGAGGGAUAAUAAUCUUCUGAUUUAUCAAAUGCUGACUGUCUAGAGCAAAUUGUACACUCUCUUUGUGAAUGGUCCUGUAACGUGUAUGAACACAUUUCUGGGUGCCUUAGAAGUUGUAUUUUUCAUGUGUGCUAAUAUGCAGUAUUUAUACAUUGUGAGAAGCUGCUUUGAAUAAAAAGGUUGAAACUU